CGCUGCCUCCCUAUAUUGUUUAGGAUUAACGUUCAUGUCUAGUUCAUGUCUAAUCUUUUACAUUACAGAGUUGAUAAAAUGAGGGUGAAAACAGAGGCACCGAUUACCAAAGAGAAGUAUGUCGCCAGAGUUUUCUUUAGCUCUCCAUUUGGUGGGCUUGAAGAGGAGCGGGAACUACUAACCAAGCAUUACUGGCCGGAGUUGGCCCAUCUCUGCCAGAAGUCUGGCUAUGAGUUUGUUCCUGUCGAUAUGAGAUGGGGUAUCACGUCAGAGCUUUCGAACGAGGCUGCCACCAUCACCAUCUGUCUUAGAGAACUGGACAGGUCGGACAUGAUCGUUGGAUUUUUUGGUCAGCGCUAUGGAUGGCAUGGAGCUAAAGACGAGUUUCUUCAGAAGACAUUUGAUCACGCACUACCCCUCUACCCCUGGCUGAAGUCUUAUAGAGACAGGGCUGUCACUGAGCUAGAGUUCCUUCAUGGUCACCUCAACCAUCCUGGACAAAGACCGGCAUGUUUCUUCUUCAGAGACAAGGCCUACGAUGAUGCCAAACUUGCUGAGUGCAUCACAUCGGGGGAUGAGAGAGGUCAAAGGAAGUUUAAAGCCACGUCAGAUGGACCACACGCAGCAGAAUUCCUAGAUGACCUCAAACAAAGGGUCAAGAAAACAGAGGAUAAGUGCCUUGCUAUUGACAUGAGCUACCCCACUCCAGAGGUUGGAGCUCGGUUGAUGUUUGAGACAGUACACGCCCACCUGGUCAAACUUCUGGGUCAGACCGAGACAGAGAGCAGCGAGUUGGAGAAAGAACAUGCCCAGCAUGAGACAUUCCUCAUCACUCGUCGUGGGAUGGGAGGAAAGCUUGUAGGAGGGGAGGCAUACUUGGAGGAGAUUGACAAACAUGCUCUGAAUGGAUUAGGGAGAGAGGACGAAAGGAAGUCAAUUGUUCUGCUUGGUGAUGCAGGAUCUGGAAAGUCCUGUGUCUUAGCCAACUGGAUAGAGAGACACCGUGAGAGAUAUUCAGAUGAUAUUCUAGCUGUGCACUUUGUCGGAUGUACAAGCAACAGUACACGUGAAUUAGAGCUAUUGAAGCAUCUGUGCUAUCAGAUCGAAGAAGACCUCAUCACUCUUAGACCAGACUAUGAUGUCGGGGAUGAGAAAGCCAAGGAAGGAUCAGAAGAUGUGAGAGGGAUGAGAAAACUCCUCCAGAGGCUAGUUAGUGAUGCAUCGUCGUUCAACAUCAGGGUCGUCAUCGUCAUCGAUGCUCUCAAUAAGAUUGAUGCCGGAGGCAGGGCUAUGAAGGAACUCUACUGGUUGCCCAAGAAAUCAAAGGUCCUCCUCAUCCUCUCCACGUCCAACUCCGACACUAGGAACAUCAAGGAGCUGCUGGACGAGCGACACUUUGACUCCCUGGAGGUCCGUCAGUUGACCUCUAACCUGAGGACAAAGGUCACCAAGGGUAUGUUGAUGGUGCGAGGGAAAGAACUGUCCCCGAAACAGAUGGAGAAGGUGAUUGGCAAUGCAGAGACUAGUAACCCGCUCUAUCUAUUUAUUCUACUCCAGGAGUUGUGUAGUUUUGGUUCAUUCUUUGAACUUGAUGAGUUUAUUGACACCCUACUAACAUCCAAAAGCACUGUGGAUUUGUUUGUAAAAUUCUUGGAGAGGCUUGAAAGAGACUACAACCCUGAAGGGAAGCACCUUGUGAAAGAGGUCUUAUGCUGCCUGCUUCUCGCACAUCGUGGACUUUCUGAGAAUGAAUUAAAAUCUAUGGUAAAACCGACCAAUAAGGAAUGGUCUGCACUUUACUUUGCUAUGGAUGAUUUCCUGUUAGAAGCAGAAGGGCUUUACAGACUUGGAUACAGUGAAUUAGCAGAAGCAGUAGAGAGACAUUUCUGUCCUACCCUCGAGAGCCAAAAGCCGUACAGACAACUCGUCGUAAACCACUUUAUGAAUACUUUCAAGGAUCUGGAUCAAAGGUAUGACACACCUGUCCCUCGCCGCAUUGCUGAUGAGUUACCAUGGCAACUUGAGAAGUCCGGUCAGCUGGGUGAACUGGUAGAAUGUCUUUCCUCAAUGAACAUGUUCUCUACUCUUUCAAAGGGCCAAACCAAGUAUGAUCUGAUGAGUUAUUGGACUACCACGAACCUCAGUGGUGAUGCUAUCAUCGAGAGACUCCUGUCUGCGGUCGACGAUCAGGUCACCUUGCUCUAUCUUGAGAAUGAGAAAGUAGGAAGGGGUGCGGACGAUGGAAAACCUCCAGCUCAACAGUUGAUUCCUCUGCUUGUGAGCUUGACCGACUUCUUGACCGAUGCAGGUUACAGUUCAUCCAUGGAACCAAUGCUUCUAAGAGCCUUAAAUAUGCAUAAAAGCCAGUACACAGACGCUGAUAUUGAGAACAGCGUUGAUGCUCUGAACUCGUACUGUGAGCUCCAAACCAAACUGGCUGUUCACUAUGCCAGUGCAGAGAAGUUGGAUCAGGCUUCUAAGAUCCAUUUAGAAACACUGGCAUUGAGAGAAAAGCAUGUUGAUCGAGUAGAGAGAGGAAAAUCAUACAUAGCUGUGAUCUUAAAUAACCUUGGUUAUAUUUAUCUAAUGGAGCACAAGUUUAAGGAGGCUGAGGAGCACUACCGUCGAGCAGUUGAGCUCCAUCGAGAGGUGCAUGGAAACAACAAUGAUCUUGUGGCUUCUGCAGUCAACAAUGUUGGAAUGGCACUGUACAGACAGGGGCAAUUCAAGGAAGCUGGUCAAUUCCUUGAGGAAUCCCUUAAGAUCUAUGAGGAAGUAUACCUAGGUGAACUGCCACCUGAUGUAGGAGGAACUCUACUCAACCUUGCUAUGUGUACAGCCAGACAGGCCAACAAAGGCUUGGAAGACGUAGAGCCCCUGUAUCAAAGAGCUUUAGAGAUCCGAAUGAAUGCGGUCGGAAAGAACCAUCCAACAAUAGCCCAGACAUACCUAUCCUACGGCUCCUACCUGAUGAGGGUGGACAAACUAGAGAGGGCACUUUCAAUGACGAAAGAUGCACUAGAAAUAUCAGAGAUUGCGAGUGGGCCUGAACACCAGGACACACUGAUGACUCUUGAGAACAUCGCCCUGGCGUAUGUUAGCCUCAACAAACCAGCGGAAGCACAUCCAUACUACAAGAGAGCAGGUGAAGUGCUCCACAAGCAGGGCCGGAUGGAAUUCUCUCAUCCUUACCUGAACAGCUCUAUGAUCACAUACUAUCUAUCUUCUGACCGGGAAGGGGAUGCCCAUGACUCCCUCAUUUGUGUCAUUGGAACAUCAUUUGCAUCCCCAAGAGACUAUGCUGCUCUUGAUUACCUGGAUAGCCAAUUAGCUGAGAAGCCAUCAAGACCAUAUGAGCACUCCGUAGACUGCGGCUUGGAAAAAUUUCCAACAAGUACAAUGCUACUGGGACGCAAGCUUGCCCAGCUAGCCCCAUUGGGCAAGGCAGAUGAGAUGAUAGCAGUGCUUGAGAAGGGUAACUUUGAUGUGGGAAACUACAACAGUGCGUACGCUGAGUUUGUUGAAAAGGAUCAAAGAGAGAAUGGAUUAAAGAUUCUUGAGCGAGCUGUGGAAAAAUUCCCAGAGGAUGUGAUCAUCAGAGAGAAUCUUGCCAAGGGUUAUUUCUGUUACAAACGACAUGGAGAGGCUGCAAAGGUCCUGGGCCAGGCUCUGAGACUUGAUGAAGAGAACCUGGACCUAGUGCUGCUCAGGGUGAGAGUAUUGGCCCUUGAUAACCAGCUUCAAGAGGCACAGGACCUCAUACAAGUUGGACUGGCCAUUGCAGAAAAGAAAGGUGCAGUGGAAGCCGAGGCUCAGUUGGAGGAUUUUCUUCGGGUCCUCAAUGAAGCUCUUGCAAGCACUCAGGAGUAGUAUGUCAUAUCAUGGUCAGGACUGGACUAAAGCUGGAAGAUCUGUGGUCAGGACUGGUCUAAACCAGAAAGAUCCGCAGUCAGGACAGGUUUGAAACUGAAAGAUCUGCAGUCAACAUCUGAUGUGUAAAGAACAAGUCUGGUCUACAUCAUCUGAAGAGACGUCAUCUGCCGGAGCUGAAAAAUUGCUAUCAUAUCAAGUAGCAAAGAUCUAUACAUUGUACCAACCGAGAGAAGUAGUUUGUAGUUGUGGUAUGAAUCUUGGUAAGUUUGUGAUGUCAGGUAUUAGAUUUCAUGUCCUAACUGAAGAGAAAUGACAUUUGGUAUGUUCAUUCUUUGUUAUUGUAAAUCCAUUAAUUGUAGAUGGAAGAUCUUAUUGGGUAUGCAUUUGUAUAAUAUGCUGUAAGAACCAAAGGACAGAUUUUGAGGACACUCCAUCAUUCGUCGUUAGAUCAACAACAAAAAAAUGGUAGAUCUUGGUAAUGUGGUUCCUAAGAUUUCCCAAAGAGCCUGUCAGACCUUAGUAAUAUUUCUAACUUUAUUCAAAAACUCAUUUGAGUAAUCAUUGAGUAUGGCAGGGUGUGACAUGAUUGUUCUUUGCACUGUCCAAGUCAGUUAACAUUUUACAAAAUAUUCUAUUGCAAUGAUCAGUCUGUUCAAUGAUGCAAUGUGUGAAUAAUGUUCUGAAUCUGAAAUAAUGAUAAUAUGCACGAUUUAUAUCAUAGCACUUAAUACAAUGUUUCUAUUAAGCGCUGCAUACCAUUACCCUUACUAUAGCACAGCUACCCUGAUCAGGCGCUUAAGCAUUCAAGGAAUUCCUACCGGGUACCUAUUUACUUACCUAAUUGGAGAGUGGCAAAGGUAUGUAAACCCCCUGUUUAGGGAAAGGCGUGCUUCAGUGGGAUUUGAACCCCAGACCUUGCGGUUCAAUCUCUGGAGGCUUAUCCUUUCAGCCUCAACGCCUCCAACAUUACUACUUUUGAUUCUGAGUUGAACUUGAUGCAAACAAAUUUUAAAUCAGACUUUUUCUAAGCCUUUUCCGGGGUAGCAUUACUCCAUGCAUCUGAAUUAUCAUGUGGUUUGACAGAACCAGUCUUCUUUUUAUCAUAGUCAUUGACCUCAUUUUACCUACCAAGGAAUGUGGUCUGACAAUUCUUCAUAACAGUCUUUAAUUUGUCCUUUACGUAAUCAUAAACUUCUGUCUUCUGACGGAAUUAAUCAAAGAACUAAGGGACUUGACAGAUCCCUCAUCUUGGAUUGAUUGAAUGAUAUCAUUGUCUACCUCAUGGUUUCCCUGAUGAAAAGGAUAAGGAUCAACAUUUUUGGAGUUUGAAACAAAGGUUCACACUUUUCAACAGUCCAUUAAUUUCUGAGAGAAGUUUCUGGUGAUGCCUCUUAUUUGCUGUAAUCAGAUUAAAAUCAUUAGUGAAUGGCGGCGUGAUGAUCUUUUUUCCAUCAAGGUCAAAACCAUACUGUUCCUUCCGAGAUCGUAGAAAUUUGAUGAUGGGGUUGAAGCACAAGACGAAAAUAGUGGGAGAGAGCGGAUCUCCUUGGAAUACUCCUCAUAAACGCAGAAGAGUCGCUUGUCCAUCCUGGUCCUACUACGCGUCCAUUCAGUCUUGUGUGUAACGUAGAGAUGUAAGUAGUGAUGGGUUGAGGGGUAUCAAACCUUUGGAGCGAUAGAGAGAUCAGGUCAUGGCUCACACUGCCAAAUGCAUCUGCUAGAUCAAAGAAGGUAAGGUGUACCGUUUUUUUUUUCUUCACAUGGGCCAUAACUUCAUGGAUCACCUGAUUCUGCUCAAUGCAGCCAUUAAUACCACUGAUAAAUGCCUUUUAAAGACUAAUAUCAAUGUAUUUGUUUGAAGUUAUAUAACUUGUUAUAUGAUCUGCUAGAAGUUGAUGUAAGAUCUUGCUGACGCACGAUGCAAGCGAUAUACAAAAGUUUUGCGGAUUUCAAGUGUCGCCGGACUUGUGUAGAAGCGUAACUUUUGAUUCUGACCACGCUUCGGGUGGAUCUCCAGAUUUCAAGAGCUUAUUUAAUAAUGUGGCCACAAAAUUAUGUGUGGUAUCCAAAUUGCGCAAUAGACCACACAGAAGUUCAUCGUUUCCGGGAGUAGAUUAACCAUUUUCAUUUUGAGGACAAGUUUUACAUCCUGAGGUCUGAUUGGACUUUGGUCGAAUUCAUAUAUGUCCGGAUCAUGUACAUUGUUUUACGGUAACCAAUUUAGUUUGAGUUUGAUCAAUAUUGCACCCACAUUCAUAUUUAGAACGAAAGUAAGUAUCCAACGGGAAAGUAGGUCGGGGUUGCAGCUCAUUAAUUGUUCCAUUACAUACAUGUUUGGCAAAUUCAUAAUAUAUAGUUGUCUGUUUUUCCUAGUGCACUCUUGAUCGUUCUUCUUGUGGUUGUUUAUGCUGCUUGUUCAAAUAUGAGUCUGUUCUCACUGCUCUCCUAAACUCCUUUUUACCUUCAUCUGCUCCGCUUUUCCCAUAGGCUUUUUCCUAAGGAGGUUCUUACGUUUUUGCACUUGUGUAGUUGAAUUUUGUUCUUAUUUCAUGCAAGAUUCACUUUGCUUUCUCUCCAAAGGCCAGGCAAAUUGCGUAAAAAAGGGAAAGCAUGAGAAAUUGCGGAAAGUAAUGCGUAUGUGAUGUGCUAAGGUCCCGUUAGUUGCUCUUUCAGAACAUGCUACUCACGAAAUUAAAGUUAUCCUCAAAAUUUCUCGAAAACUCUGUUACUUGUUGAAUGAAAAUAUGCAUCAGACAAAAACAAGUUCAAGUGACAUUAUAUUUC